CUUCCUACGACCAUUGCAAAAGUUUCUUUCGCUGCUUGAAAUGAUAACAACUGUGGGAGAGCAGGAAAGAAGGUUAUUAUAGAGGCGAAAGAUAAACUACUGCUUGAAAAUUACGAGCUGACCUGCAUUAUCAUCAAAUAGUGUAACCUGUGAUGAAACAAUGAGGUGAAAUAACGAUCUGCUUGGAAGAGAAACCAGAUACGGGUAGCAGCAAGUCACUGGUCACAAGACUGAAGGAAAACGAAAUAACUUUGUGACUGUUGCCUUUGAUCGUGGUGUCUAUAUGGCCAGUCGAGUCGUUCUACCAGCAGUUUCUUCUAGACAUGCAAGACAUUUGGCUCGCUCUUACAACGAGAGCAGUUUAGCGAGCUUCGACGACUACACAGAGCCGCUCUUGGACCAGCGAGGAAGCGCCUCGAGCUUUAACACCUCUGUCCAUUACCAGUCGAUUUAUGACUCUACGGAGUUCUCAGGGAGUCUCCGAAAUCGCCAGGAAGUGAUGCGGAGACGGUUAAAAUCUCAUUUCAUGACACCUUUACAAAAGUACAAACAUCGAGGGAGAAAACCUUGGAAGCUUUUGCUUCAAUUUCUCAAGUUGAUAAUGGUCACUGUACAGGUAUAAAAAGGUGGAUAACGCUAGCUAUCCAGUAGAUAAAUCUCUAUCCAGUAGAUAACGUAAUUGGUUCCCCUGAUUCAUUUCCGUGGGGUAGAGAUUUAUCCAGUGAAUUGCUGGUUUACACAUGACAUCACGGCGGCCAUGUUGGUGGUCAAGAACAAAAGCAUUUCUCUCCUCUGGGAACCAAACUCUAUUUUCGUGUAGUUUCUUGCAGAAAAAAUGCUAUUGUAUUGAACCCCAACAUGGCCGCCUUAUAAUGUGUUUGCAAACCAAGAAUAGUACUAUGUAGCAUUUGAACAACUUGGACACGUUGAAUACGGAAGAAAGAUGUUUUUUCACUCGUUAGUGUCACAGGUGGUACAGAGGAAAAAAUCCGAGUUAUCCCAGCAGGAGUCAAACCUAUGACCUUCGGGGCCCGGUUGUUCAAACGUUAUAUAGCGCCAUUCACUGGAUAAAUCACUAUCCAAUGGGUAAAUAUUUGGGAAACUCACUGGGUUAUCCACGUGAUAGAGAUUUAUUCAGUGGAUAGUAUUAGCUGUGGUUACACUACAGACUUUUACCUAGGUAAAACCGAUUUACGUAGGGCAAAUUCAUCAAAAAUCUGCCUAGGUAAAUUCAUCUCGGGUUUUGUUUUACCUAGGUAAAAAUUCUGGGAAGGUCACACUACUGAUAUCGGCUCCCAAAGUUUUCACGCCAGUUGAAUUUUUUGGAGUGUAAAUUCAAGAGGGCAAAAUGUGCAGGGAACUAGCUGAUCAAAGAGACAUUUUUUUCUUUUAUCUCGCUGUUAUUUCUUACGCUAAUUCAACGUGCAAGGUGAAGAAAGGCGAAGACGUAGACAACUCGUGCUCCCAAAAUUUCUUUCACAGCGUGAUCUAUGUCCGGUUGUGUCAUCAAGACCUUCGCUGAUGAGCGUCUAUUGGCUAGCAACCUCAGUAUUUCAUUUUUCCCUAGCUAUUACUUUGGGGUAGCUGUCAAGGGAAACUCCAUUGUUUUCGAGACAUAUCCAAGACCCAGACGAUAAAAUUUCCCCGAGGAAAGUUACCUAGGGAAAAAUCGAUCACACUUAAAAAAUCAAGUUUCCCUAGGUAAACUGUCAACAAGUCGUGUUUACCUAGGUAAAAAGUCUGUAGUGUGACCACAGCUAUUAUCCACCUCUUUUUAACUACCGGGGCCAGGUUACUUCUCCAGAUGUUCUACCACUGAGCUUCAGAAGACUUGUGGGAGCUAAGGUCACUAAACUAGGUUCAUGUCAUCUUUCUCAAAUAUCAUUUUGUCAAUUUUUAUAAGCAACCAAUCAGUAAUCCCUAGCAUCUACCAGAAAUUUAAAGAUUUUUUGGUUUUGUAUUGAUUUUAUUUAUUAAAUGAUUACAAGAGAUUUGGGUAUAUAUUUAAUAAUAAGUAACACACAUUAUUUUUUUUAUUUUGGUAGGUUUUCUUGUUUGCAUCAGAGUUUUUCUCUGUUGUAAACUUCUUAGAUGAUAGUGAACAAGCCUUUGACUACUUGUUUCUUGUUGAUUCCAAUGACUCAAAUUAUGCCAUCUACACAAAAGAUCAGUUCUACAAUCAAGUGCAUCACUCAGUGAAGCAGGUAGGUUUGAAAUGAGGGGUCAAAGGGGCUCUUACAGAUGUGCCAGAGACUGCUAAAUAUGAAAGCCAAGUUCUGUACACCAACAUGUACAGUUGAAAAAUCUAAGGGUGACAAAAAUUAAUGUGAGAAAUAGUACAGUCAUGUUACCCUGUUAUUGGUACAGUUAAUUAGCUUUUGUUCUUCUGUGCGAGAGGGCCUGUGUGCAAUUUGCAGCUGUGACUAAAAAUCCUUGUUUCGACUUCUUUCUUUCCUUGUAGCCUUAAUGGUGCACUGAUGUUAAAUAGGGGGCAAAAUGAGUGCACCUUACACUGUAGGCCUUAGGUUUGGUAGCCAGGCAAAGCCUAAAAUAAAGAGAUUUAAAUGUAUCUCAAUAUAACACCAAACAGUGAAGAUGAUUAUAAAAUGGUCAACUCUUCUGUUUGCCACUGGCCUUUCCUGCAAACAUGUUGCUUAACCUAGGGCUGUAUUCUAGCAAGGCCUGGUGGCCUCUGACACCUAACUUUUGCUCUUGGGCGACUAGGAUUCCACAGGCUCACUUCAAUUUUUCUUAGUGCACAACCUCUGUGUUAUGCUCUCCUUUUAUCUGAUCUCAACCAACUACUUUUGUCCUGUUCAUUUUUCAGUACAAUGAUAUCCGAAAAAUUGCCAUUGGAACUUUUGGUUUUCCAAUGUCCAUGGAGGAGAGACCUAGUCCUAUGUUAAUGUGUGUAUUUAAGUAUAACAUCAGUCAUGUGAAUGCAGAAGAGGAGACAUAUGAACUUAGCCGACAAACAGAUUACAGUAUCCUUAAAAAAUAUAGGCUUAGACAGGGCACCACAAAAGUGCUGUCCAAUUGCCCAAGGCCAUUGGAGCGACCUUUUGUGGCUAGCAUGUUUUAAACAAAAUAAUAAUAAAGAGUAGUUGUCUGAUGAGCAAGCAGCAAUUAGAGGGCAGUCAUUUAAGGUUGAUAGCCGGGGAUUUCUCCUGGCCACUACAAACAUGACUUUGGCUGCUUUCAUUGGAAAAUGAAAGAAAAAAAAAAAACAGAAGAAAUCCUUAGCUGUUUGAUUUCCCACCUGCUUGUUGUAUUUACCUGACAAAUGAUGGUCCUUCAUUAUUGAGCUAUAGUACAUGAGAGUGAUACAAAAGGCUGGUAGGCCUGUGCUAAAAAACUUCAUGAGAAGCUUGCCCUAAAGGAUAUGUGAGUUUUUUAAUUUUCAUCUCACACUGUUAGCAAUGAUCAGCACAAUAAUUAUUAUAUUUAUACAAAGUGUAUAUGAGUUUCUUUUUGGGAAGAACAGAUUUUUCUUGGUUUUGUAGCUUUGAUCCAAUUUCUCAGGCAAACUCUUUAAGUCAAUAGAACAUGGGAAACUUUGUGCUUUAUAAUUACAUUGUAAAUUUAUGUAUUGUUGUGUUUCACAGUUUGUGAAGUGUGAAGUAAUUUGUCCUUUACUCAUGGGUGUAGUUUGUCGAGAUUUGAAUCUCUCUAAGGAAUCAGUUAACAACAUUACUCAUUUUGUUGAAACAAACAUGUUGCCAGAAUCAUUUGAAAGGUACAGUACUCGUAUGUAGUUUCAUUGACAUCUUCAUUGAAACGUAUAAUCGUGUAACUCAUCAGUGUUUUUUUGAUGACCUCAGUUGAUUUGCUUGGGCUUUUAUCAGUGAAUCUAAUGUGAGUAACAGCAGAUGCCUUGUCCAGCUUUUGUUUUAUGGCAAUGAAAUGACAAAAUUCGUAUCUUUAGGGAAACAAGAGGCCUCCCUGCUUCACAUAGUCAAUAACGACUGUUAUGAGAUGUUAGUUCAAUAUCUAGUUGAGUGUAGAGCAAAGUCAUGAAAAUGGUGUGAGUUUAAAACAGUCCUGUGACUCAAACAAAUGAUUAUAUAUCUAAUCAUAACUGAAACAAAAUUCUCAAAUCUAAUUGGCUCCCAACAGUCCUGAUUUCAGUACUAAUAAGACAGUAUGUGUCAUGCCUGUAAUUGGACAGUAUGUGCCAUCCCACAUGCACUUAAAUGGCUUUUUUUCACUGCUAGCGAGAAAGCUCUCAGAAUUUCUUGUGUCUUAAGUUUAGAAAAGCCUAAAAUAUCACAAAUUUUGUAAUAGUUAUGAUUAAUUGGUAUCAGAACUUUGUUUCUUCCAAUUCGGUCUGUAAUCUUAUUAUAAUUGUGAUUAAACAAAUCGGACUCCUGCUAUGUGGUCAUCCAAUUGUGUUUAUCACCUGUAUGAUUACAGACCGAAUUGGACUCCACUCAGUCCCAUAAUUACCAUUAAAUUAAUAUUUUCAGCAUUAUCAGUGUCACACUGAUGGCUAAUGUGAGCUCUGUUCAUUUGCGAAAGUCUCCAAGGAAUCCAGCCUGCUACCUGUUCAAUGUCACAGUAAGUAAAAUAAUACAGGGCUAUACCAAAGGUUUUCAUUCUUGUGAUUAAAUAAUUCGGACUCCUGUUAAGUGAUUGUCCUAUUUUUUUUUUAAUCACUGUUUAUCAUUACAGACUGAAUUGUAGUUUAUUCAGUCCUGUUGUCUCCUGUCUUGUUUUCUCUGCCGUCCUAUUGCACAAGCUCACCAUUUACAGACAUUCAUUAACCCUUUAAGUUCCAAUAGUGACCAACAUCAAUUUUCUCCUAACAAUAUCCAUAGAUUGUCAAGUGCAACAUCUAUGAGAAUUAAUCAAAUGAUCACAAAGAGAAAAAUCUCUGAUCUUUUAUGAAUUUCUCCCAACUUAUUCUGUAAGGAAAUGUAUAGAGAUCAGUUUGGAGAAUUUGUUUGUGGAUAUUGGGGCUUAAAGGGUUAAUAGAAGCAUGUUGCCUUUUUUUACUGCCAAAAUAAUGCUGCUGAUCAACACCUUAUAUCUCAUUAUAAUCUUCAUACAAAUUACUCUGUGCAGAAAGAUGAGGAGACUAAUGAAAUUCAUUAACCAAAAAGAACAAGAUUCACUGGAAAAUUUGUGACUUCAGCUGACUCAACUUAAGCUGAUCUGAUUAUUCAUUUUCAUGUACAGAUACAGUUUGAUAAUAGUAAUCAUGAUGGAAAAGUACCAGUCAUUUUGAACUCGCAAGGAAGCACAGUGGAAUGCCAAGCUAACUCUACAGUCAGCUCAGAGGGUAUUUUUUAAGACUUGCUGAAUUUUUAAUGUAUUAACACUGAAAAUGCAAUUGACUAUUUUUAUUCAGACGUGCAGGCUCUUUCAAAAUAUUCUCCUAUAAUGUUACAUCUUUCUCCUGCUGCUAGAAUUCUUAGUGAAAACCCCGAAAAUGGCAAAGGAAUGAAUUGUAAAUUAUAUUAUAUAUUAUGAUUUCAGAUUUUAACAAAAAUUGUUCAGGAAAGGUAAAGUAACAAACAGGGAGCCACUUCGACAUAAUUUUGUAAUGAAAAACUAAACCUUAAUUAAAUCAUCGGGAAGAGGGUAAAUUACAAAGUUUCUUUUCUUAAUGGGGUUUGCUUAUCAUUUUUUUCGCCUUAUCUCAAAAUGUCAGCAAUGCUUUUUUAACAAAAGACAUAAUGUAAUGAAAGCUAUCACACUUUCUUAAUGAGGUUUGCUUAUCAUUUGCCUUAUCUCAGUCAGCAAUGCUUUUGACAUCGUACUGAUGGUCUUGUUGAUUUGCUAGACUGGAAUGUCAGAGGCACUGGUGUUACUACUGCUACUGUUUAACUUUCUUUUUGCUCAGUUACAUGUAUCUUUUUUGCCAGCCAACAUCUGCAUGUCAAUAAAAGCUAUGUGUGUUCACAGUACCAGGGAACACUGCUAAUAUGCAGAAUUGCUAAGGGACUGGAAAAAUGGUUUGUUAUAAUAAGGGUGCAUAAUAUCAGUUUCUUGUUCAACGUGUUUUACUGAAACUAGGGAGAAAAGAAAAUAUGGGGUUGCCUUUAUUGGGAUUUCGGAGUAGUACAUGUCAUUUACACCCACACAUUGUAGCAAGUCUUCAACAGAAGAAUGUUUUAAAAAAACAGCGCAUUCAAGUUAUUGAAUGUUGGUUGAGAGGAAGCUCUUUUCCCUCAACUCUUUCACUAUAAUGAUAACUAUUAUAGCACAGAAGCUUUCAUCUAAGGUAUAGUCGCAACUACAGGACUUCAUCCUCAUACUUAAAUUAAGAAGCAGAUUACAAUGUCUUGAUAAAACCCCAAGUUUUUAUACAGCCUAUUCCUUUUUGUUUACUUGCCUCUUGUGUUAAGUACACUUUCACUGUACAGGGUCAUCAGUCUGUUUACUGCUUCUUUGGAAAUAAUUAAGCAUUAAUUAUGACUAUAAUAUAUUUUUCUUUUCCUAGAUUAUCAAACAUCCAAAACUUUCCUUGUAUUUGCUGAUAUUCUAACUAUUUUGUUAUGUGUACUUUCAAUGGCCCUUUGUUCACGAUCUCUCUUUAGACAACUAAAGCUUGUUAAGGUAAAGUGAAAUCUGACAGUAACUGUGCCUUGCUAUUUCUUAAAGACUGGGUGCAAAGAAAGUCAGUUUUACAGCCUGCCAUUCGGGCAAGCUGUAGCUAGAAUGUACUGGCCCACAAGUCAUUUCAACUAGCCCCAAAACUCAUUUUGAUUAGCAGGAUUGAUUACAAUCCUUCUGUAAUUUGAAUUUCCCCCAAAAAACAGCACCUUUCCGUUGGACAAGUUACUAACAAAAAUCACUAGCCCAAUAGCAAAAUCCACUAGCCCUGGGCUAUUGGACACGACUUUCUUUGCGCGCGGAAGACACAUCCUACAUGGUAAAUUCCAAUGUUACUUGAUUACCAGUGAAACAUCUAGGAGCUUCUAAGAACUUCUUUUCACAUGUUUGUGCAUACCGUUAGGAUGUUCUGGUUUUUCAGUAGAGUAGGAAGCACAACUACCUUAGAAAACCAAAACUUCAAAUAACAAACAGAGCAUUAGACAAAGAACGUGACCAAUAAUAAUCCCAACCAAUGUACAUGUAUGGCAUCCUAGGCCACAAUGUUGGAGGGAGAGUGCCUUCACCACUACAUCAUCCUUGCACCUCUAUAAUAACAAUGCAGGGGCGGAUCUACAGAGAUGACCUGCAGAGAUGACCUGCAGUUUUCUAAUACAACUGGUAUUCUCCAAAAAAAAAAAAAACUAUGUGGUUUAUUGGUGUUGAAGUAGAGCAAGAGACGAGUGCACCCCCUCCUAAAAAAAAUCCUGGAACCACCCCUGCAAUGUAAUAUUGGUCAGAAUUGUUAAGCUCUUUAAAGGAGCUGUGUCGCGAAAUUCAGCCAAAUUAGGAAAUUACAAAAUGCCCGUUAAAUUAAGAGAAAUAUAAAAAUAACCAUUUAAAACUUUAAAGGGAGGUUAAAAUAACAUAACAGAAACAACAGAUGCCACUGAUGGGCAAAACUGAAGAAGAUUGAAACGGAUUGAAAUUAGGGUUUUUGAAAACUGUUCAGCCUAACAGUUUUUCAAAGUUGAUCCUUGCUGCUUGCAACUUCAAAAAUAAUGCUCAGGAGACAUAUUUGUUUGUCACAGAUUUCUGAUUUUGUCAUUUACAUGUAAUUUCCUUGCUUACUUUAAGUUCCAUAGCGAUUGAGAACGAGUAAUUGGCAAAAUUAAACAAAAUGAAAUGGACUGCCGUGACACAGCCCCUUUAAGAACAGUUACAAAGUACAAGGUAUCUGGGCAGAACUUAAUCUAUUAUUAUUUCUCAGCUUUUGUUUGAAUAGUGACUGAAGCUUUUAUGGUUGUUACUUUCACAGGCAACGCGUAGAUUCUUCAAUCAUGAGCUUAAAGAUCACCUGUCCUACUGGGAUACUUUGGAUCUGCUCAACCUAUGGUUUGUGUUGAUUGUCAUCAGCGACGGCUGUGCAGUCAUUGGAUCUAUAAUAAAGAUGACAAUUGACAUGAAUAUCGUAAGAUAUAGUUUUUGCCUAUGGAGUAAACUUCUGGUUGAGUUUAUCGUGUGCUUUGCUUGCUAUUUGAAAAUACUUUAAACAAGCUUUAAGGAUAACUCUGUCUAUUGUGAUAUUUUUUAACAGGUUGAAGAUCAGUAUGCAGUUUGUAGCAUGUUCCUUGGUACUGCAGUGUUGUUAACUUGGUCAGGCCUGUUGAGAUAUCUGGGACAUUUCAAGAAGUACAAUGUAAGUUUGUACCAAACAAAAACCUGCAUUAUUGCACAGUAGCUUUGAUUUGAAUGCACAAAGUGUAGGAUUUUAUCCACAAACUUCAAAAGACACAACCCCUUUGUUAAGAAUAAUAUUAUUUUAAACUGCACUACAGGAAAUUAUUGCUCAGUAGAUAUAAUUUGACCCCCACUUGGUCUAAAAUAGAGUGAGAUUUUGAGUGUUCUUUAACCCUUUAAGUCCCAAUAGUGACCAACAUCAAUUUUCUCUUAACACUAUCCAAACAAUGUCAAGAGAUUAGGUUAUGAGAAUUAACAAAAUGAUCACCUAAGGGAAAAUGCUUUGACCUUUUAUCAAAUUCUCUCAAUUCAUUCAUGAAAGAAAUGUAUAGAGAUCAGUUUGGAGAAUUUGUAAGUGGAUAUUGGGGCCUAAAGGGUUAACCAGGGUCUAGAAAAAGGUCUGUAUUUAUCAUCCAUCUCUUGAUAACAAAGGAUUAGGGCCCGGGGGGGGGGGGUACUUUAGGAAUUUCUGGGUGGGGAUGUGCCGCUGGGACCCUGGAACCCUUAACCUAUACCAGAGCUACUUCAGCUGAAUUUUGCUACCCUAUACUAGAGUAAACUCCCCAAAUCCCCCUAUCCUAGAGUAGCUGUUUCCCUAGUCUAGAUAAAAUCUUCAACCAACUGAUCAGUUUCCUGAAAAAUGAUACCCUAUUCUAGAGCCAAAUGCUCUGAUUUAUAUACCCUAUCCUACAGUAAACUGCUUGAAAUCCAUACCCUUCACAGCGGCACAUACCUAUAUGGCCCGUAUAAUUAUGGCAGUAACCCCCCCCCCCCCACCCCCCCCUCCCGGGGAUUAGGGUCGGGAACACAUAUAUUUUGGUUUAAAGUGUAGUAAGGCUUUCAGGAUGCCACACAGCCCUGCACAAAAUUUCCAAGGUCACACUAAAAGAUUUCGCGUCUGGUUUGUUCUUAUUGUUUGUGUUUAACAUUUAGAUUUUGCUGGUAACGUUGAAAGCGUCGGCUCCCAGCGUGCUUCGUUUCUGUGUCUGUGGUUCAUUGCUGUAUUUUGGAUAUCUGUUUUGUGGAUGGAUUGUUUUAGGGCCUUAUCAUGUUAAGGUAUGGUCAUACUGUAUUUAUCUUUGGAAUUAACCCCUUGAAAUGGCUAAGGGUGAUUGGCUUGUAGUUUUUUCUUUAAACAUGUUAAAACUUGGCCUGCGCCAUAGCCGAAAAUAAACUCUGGUUAAGUCCAUCUGCGAAACAGUCCAGAAAUCCUUGUUCUGGCCUCCGCCUGUGUAUGAGGAUUUGAGUACAUUGUAACACGCCAUGAUUGGUCUGUUAAAAAAGCUAUUGUCGAUCCUGAUGAACAAACUCACCAAAAUAAAAAUGCACUAAAAUAACAGUAUCCAUACAUAAUAAGGAGAAAAGGUUAUGAGAAUUGAGAAACUGAUCACCUAUAGGAAAAUGCUUUGAUCAUUAAUCAAAAUUCUCUCAACUAGUUCUUUUAAGAAAUGUUUGGAGAUCAGUUUAGAGAAUCUAUAUAUUGCCGUAUUCCUACCUACGCGUGAGUGGAAUGCACCAUAUACCAGCACUGUAAGAAUGGCAAAUUCUCAGUGUUGCUGAUUCUUUUGUUUUUCACUCUUUUAGUUCCGUAAUCUGUGGACUGUCUCAGAAUGCAUGUUUUCGCUAAUUAAUGGUGAUGAUAUGUUCAUGACGUUUGCUGAGAUGGACCAGAAGAGUUAUGCUGUGUGGGUGUUUAGCAAAAUCUACCUUUACACCUUCAUCUCACUCUUCAUCUACGUGGUGCUAAGCUUGUUCAUUGGUAUCAUCAGUGAUACCUAUGAGAGAAUCAAGGUAUGAGUCAUUCUUUGGUUUGCUUUUAUACAUUGUGAUUGGCUAAAAAACUCUCUCGCCAUUGUCUUAACCAAUCAGAAGUCAUGCAAAAACACUAGCUGCACUGUAGUCGUAGCCUCACAUUUAUCUUGAGUACGGAAAUUUUCCGCGUCUUUCGCUACACGCAUUGCGUCUUUUACGCGAGAAUUCUGCUGAUUGGAUUGUUGGUCACAAACACGAGACAAGCAUGUUAGUAGCUGUGACUGUCGCCUCCUUUAAACUUUGUGCGUUCCCAUUGUUAUGUCUCGCCGUCAAGAAGAACGCUCACGCGCGUAGUUAUAUUUUCCGUGAGGUAAAAAGCUGUUACGCUGUUGGCUCGGUUUAAUCACAACUUUUCUUUCAGGACUGGGGACACCCUCCUUGUACAAAGUUACAAAGAUUUGUCCACGGUAACAACUGUCAGCGGUGUCAAACUGAGUACAGAGACGAAGAACAGGAAAACGAUCUUGCUUCUGGGAGCGUCACGGACUAAAAAAAUAAUUGAUCGCUCGGAGGAUUGUUUCAGAAUAAUAUAAUUAGUUCCUUGACUACAGUAAAAUUCCGAAAAUAAGCCCCAGGGCUUAUAUUUUUCAAAGGCCCUUUUUGAGGGGCUUAUAUCGAUCAUAGUCUGACUAAGAUCAAGCGAAAAAUUCCAAUAUUGAUGUACCUGAUUUUUGUGGAUAUCGAGAGGGUCAGACAUUAUUACUUAUAUCGUUGUAAGUAUAAAGCAAAGAAUCAUUCACAUCUAUUGAAGGCUAUGGCCAACAAAGAUAAAUUCUCCUUAUAUUUUAGCAAUUUCUCGAUACUAAUUCUAUGGAAAUUUCUAGCCAAAGGAAAGGAGAAUUUCAGUUUGUGAUGUUUAAAAAUUUUUAGGGCAGCAAAAUUAUUUUUCAGGCAAGCACCUCAGCAGAUUUUCUAUACAAUGGGAAUUUCAGGUUUGCUUCGAGUUCGUAUCCAACUCGAUUGUACAUAACACUAUCACAUGUGUAUAUAAAAUUAUACGGAUGGGAAAAAUGAUGAAAAAAACUAUUUUUUCAGCCGUGAUUGAACCCAAUUGUAAAAAAGCAAUUCAAUGGAAUCAGUAUUUAAUUCUAAGUGAAAAAAGGUACUUGCAUGUAAAGA